GGCCCCGCUCCAAGAUGGCGGUGCGGAAGAAGGACGGCGGCCCUAACGUGAAGUACUACGAGGCCUCGGACACCGUGAGCCAGUUCGACAACGUCCGGUUGUGGCUGGGCAAGAACUACAAGAAGUACAUCCAGGCCGAGCCCCCCACCAACAAGUCCCUGUCGAGCCUCGUGGUGCAGCUGCUGCAGUUCCAGGAGGAGGUGUUCGGGAAGCACGUCAGCAACGCGCCGCUCACCAAGCUCCCGAUCAAAUGCUUCCUGGACUUCAAGGCGGGGGGGUCCCUGUGCCACAUCCUGGCCGCUGCCUACAAGUUCAAGAGUGACCAAGGCUGGCGGCGUUUCGAUUUCCAGAACCCGUCGCGCAUGGACCGGAACGUGGAGAUGUUCAUGACCAUCGAGAAGAGCCUGGUGCAG